GCGGGAAGCCGGAUAACUUUCACUGAGUCUUGGCAAGACGGGGACCAAGAUGCAAAUUCUGCUCUCACAGAGCUUGACAAAGGACUUCGCUCCGGACGACAGGGCGAACAAUGUGAAACGAUCGUUCGAUUUCCCCGUUUGUUCGAGAAAUACCCAUUUCCGAUACUGAUCAAUUCGGCAUGUCUCAAACUCGCCGAAGUGUUCCGUGUUGGGAACAAUUUCUUGCGCCUCCUGGUUCUCCGGGUUAUGCAGGAGAGCGAGAAGCAUCUGGACAAAAUACUCUCCGUAGACGAAUUCGUCCGUCGGAUUUUCACCGUUAUGUAUUCGAACGACCCGGUCGCUCGCGCUCUGACGCUGAGAACGCUUGGCAGCAUUUCCUGCGUCGUCAAAAAUCGGACCAACGUGCAUCACUCCAUCAGAUCGAGCCUCGACUCAAACGACACAGUGGAACUCGAAGCGGCAAUUUACGCAUGCUCUCGACUUUCGGCAGUCAGUCCCGCGUUCGCGGCGUCCAUCUGCCCGAUCGUUGCUCAGAUGAUGAACAACCUUUCGACACCAGUUGAUAUAAAAUUGAAAUUAUUCUCGGUCUUUUCCAAUAUGACCCAUGAUGCCCAGACAGCCUAUCAGGUUCGAGAGCUAUGCUUGUCGCUUUUACCGACGCACCCUGCUCAGGAUUUCGUGGUGGAAAUCUUGGACGUUCUCACGAAACUGACGUCGACAUCAGUGACACAUCUGACCUCACAAAUCAUCAUUCUUCUCGAACACUUGGAGACGGACCCGAGAGCCAGCGUCAGGAAUCAGGCGUUGAGUGACCUGCGGUUCCUCGCGGAGGGGGAGAAAUGGGCUCACCUAUGGACUCGCGAGCACUUGGAACGCUUGGUGAAUUACGCUUCAAAAAGCCACUACAUGAGGCUGAAGUGUCAGGCCAUACGAGUUCUAGUUCUGCUUUCGAAGUCAUUGGCUGUUCACCAGAUGGAUCUGACUGCGACCUCACCGGUUCUCGAGCUCUGUGAGAAGAACAUAUACCACGAAGACGUGCGGCUAGCUGCCGUGUCCACCGAGCUGAUGACACAAUUAGCGGUUCAUGUUUGUCGAGAGAAAAUCGCCAACAUUGACGUCAUGCGCAAUACGUGUGCCGGGAUUGAAAACCUCCUGUUCCUAGUCUCUUCUUCUGGACCGAAGGAAGCUCUGAGUCUCGCGCUCCGAUGCGUGCUCGACCUCUGCAGGGUCGACGCGGCUCUAUGCUCUCACUUCGUCGACGUUCUGGCCCUCUUCCUUCCGAACAAAGCGAUCUGUCUGACGCUCUGUGCGAUAGGAGCCGAACGGAGGGUGCUCGGCCAUCUGGAACCUAAAAUACGAGAGCACCUCCCGAAACAGCCGCUCAUCUUGUGGACCCUUCUACUGCAAGCCAGUCUCGAAAACAGCAGCGCCCAAUUGGAGUUCCCCUUGAGCAGUUUGUCGACGGAGCUCAGUGACUGGGACCGUUACAGACUCGCAAGACAAGCUGCUCAUUACGGACAGCAUAGAGCCGUGCGUCUUCUGGUGGAAAACUUGGAGAACAGCGUCAGCUCCGAGCACCUCUAUUUCUGGCUGAUCGCUCUGAAGAAUCUCGCCCUCGGGGAGGAGACCCGGCAGACGUGGUAUUUCGCGAAAGCGGUGUCUUCUCUGAAAGCGGCUACAACGCCCAUGCACAGUCUGCACUUCCAAGCGGAGUACGUUCGACUCCGAAUGCAACUGAUCUCACUCGACCAGCAGCUGCUCCACUCGAGUAGCUGUCUGCGGACCUGUCCGCCCCCGGCGAUCGCUGCCUCUUUGGCCACAGCCAGUCGGGACGAGAAUAUGAAAUGCGGGAGGGUUGUGACGCAACUUCGAAAGAGCGCUCGAGAUUGGCGGACCUUAUCAGAGCAGUACGGAGCCCUAUACGAGAGCAGUUUCGACGCCGACACUCCGAGCUUGCAGCACGUACGCGUCCUGCAGCAAAAAUGCCAAAUAAUUGCCCAAGCUGUAGAGAAGGUCUCCCAAUUCAAUCAAGGCAUCGGGGCACAAACCACCAUGGUCGAACCGUGGUCAGACUUGAGCCCGAGCUCCAGUACAUUCCGUGACUACGAAGCCGCGCAGAAAGCGCUCUCGCUCUAUCAGUCGCUUGGUGAUGCGGAUGGUCUGACGACUUCGAAGGUCUCGACCCUUGUGGAGAUAUCGCAACUCCUCGUCGGGGUACCUCUCCACGUACCGCGCUCAUUCUUCCAGAGACUUCAAACUACUAACCUCCAACUCGCAAUCGGUCCACAACAAACGAAUCCUAACGAACCAGUGUUCAUUGCGGGACAUCAGCUCUCCCUCAAGGUCGAAGGAGUCGUGCAACAAAGCGCUCGAGUACAUCGUCGAGUUCGAAGCGUAAAACUCAAGAUAUCCGCCAACGAUCCGCCCUCAUUGAGUCUAGAGGAAGUUGUCGAGCCCAAAAACGACUACUUCUCGGCCGAGUUCCUCGUCUCGCUCCCCACUGCAGGGGUUUACUGUAUCAUAAUCGACACGGCGGUCCUGGAUGAAGCUCGAGACGUCUGGACGACGGGACCUAAGGAGGUGUUCAUGGUGAAGACUCAUGAGGAUUCCACGUAUAAACGACUUUAUUUACAAAGAGUCUGA